CUCAAAAUGAAUUUGUUCUAUUUGGUGUGUUUACCUAUAUUAGUCGCUCUCCUUAUUCAAGAUACAUUUUCUGAUGUUAACGUGGAGAGAAGCUUAACCGAGAGGCCAGCCACAGCUGAGUACAUUCAGGCUACUGAAAAAUCAACAGUGGUACAUCGACGCAGAAGAAGGCCACACCGAAUGUCAGCAGCUGAAAGAAGAGUGAUGAUGCGUAAUCGAAUCAGAGAACGAGUGAUUGAAAUGCAAGAGAUGAAUCGAGAAGAAAGACUACCUACGCUUAAUCAGACCAGAGAAAACAGAUUGGCUGAAUUAAGAAUGAGAUUCGAAUCACUAAGUCAUGUAUGA